AUGGCCACAUGGACUUCCCCUGGUCCUAAUGGGUUUCCUCCAGGGUUUUAUAAACAAAAUCUGGCUUUGCUUGAGAAUGAUGUUUGGGAAACCGUCAAAUUUUUUAUUAGCACCAAACAUCUUCUUAAAGAAAUGAACCAUACGUUUAUUUCUUUAAUUCCUAAGGUAAAUAAGCCUAACAGUCCUUCUGACUUCAGGCCUAUCUCUCUUUGCAAUUCAAAUUACAAAAUAAUUUCUAAGAUCAUAGUUAAUAGAAUGAAACCCUUGCUCAGCAAACUAAUAUCACCUUAUCAGGCUGCUUACAUCCCUGGUCGUAACAUUCAAAAUAAUGUGGUGAUUGCUCAUGAGCUGGUUCAUACUAUGAAAAAAAAAGAUAGAUGUGAUAUCAUGGGUCUUAAACUUGAUAUGUCUAAGGCCUUUGAUAGAGUAGAAUGGUCCUUCCUUAGUGUUGUUCUUAAAAGAUUUGGCUUUUCUGAUCAUUGGUGCCAACUUAUUUUCCCAUGCAUAAGCACUACUAGCAUAUCUAUACUUUUGAAUGGCUCCCCUUGUAAUUCCUUUUCUCCUACUAGAGGAUUAAGGCAGGGAGAUCCCUUAUCUCCCUACCUGUUUAUUCUGUGUACGGAAGCUUUUUCUAGGUACCUCAUUCAUGCUGAAAAUUCAAAGCUUAUCCAUGGUUUGAAAGUCACCAAGGAUGCUCCUAGUAUCUCCCAUCUCCUUUUUGUAGACGACUGUUUGCUUUUCACUAAAACAACACACAGUGAGUCAAACAAUCUUAUGUCUUUGAUCAAAGAUUUUAGUAGUAUAUCUAGUCAAAUGAUAAAUUUUGAGAAAUCUGCAUGUUUUUUCAGCAAAAAUGUGCUUCCUGAUCAUUGUGUGUCGCUUAUUAGAUCUAUGAAUGUUAGGAAAAUUGAAUUAAAUGAAAAAUACCUUGGCAUUCCACUCUUUCUUGCCAGAAAUAGAACUGAGUCUAUGUCCCAUUUAAACACUCAUCAUGACUCUAGAGUGUCUAAUUGGAAAGUCAAAUCUGUUUACAAAUUACUUGCUUUAGAACUACCACAUAACUCUGUUCAGAACCCUGAUAUUGAUACUUAUAAGGCACUUUGGAAAUCCUCAUUGCUGCCCAGAACUCAGUUGUUCCUUUGGAAGUGUAUUGAAAGGAUCCUCCCUACUGGCAGCAAACUUGCCAGAUACAGUAACACUCACAAUGAUAGGUGCAGUUUGUGUAACUUGAAUGCUAGUGAAACUCCUGAACAUAUGUUACUACACUGUUCUUAUGCUAAAAAUGUUUGGUCUCAUAUCCCUGUUGCUAGUCAAUUUGUUUCGCAGGACUUUGACACUAAUAUAAGUGUUAAAGAUUGGAUAACUAAAUGGCUUUCUUCAAGUCAGCUGCAACCUCAUUCAGAUGUAGUCUUGACAACAUCGUGGAGCAUAUGGAAAGAUAGAUGUGCUAAAGUCUUUGAAAAUGCUUCUCUAAAUCCAAUGGCUACAGCUAAAACUGCUAUUAAAAUAGCUUCUGAAACUGUUGGCUUAUUAGUUUCUUCUUCCAUGCCUAACACUGUCAAUUCUGAUGCACCUGAUAAUGAUUCUAAUUUUCUGCAAAAUACUCUCCACAACAGUAUAGUCAUAUUCUGUGAUGCCUCUUAUGACAAGGAUACUAAUAAAUCUGGUAUUGGGAUUGUUGCAUUCAAUUCAACAGGUACUUUCAAAGGAUGCAAACUAGUUUCGAGGUAUGCUGCGAGUCCAGAGGGAGCUGAAAGUGCUGCACUACUUGAAGCUGCAAAAUGGAUCAGAGAGAAAAACUUUGAUGUUGUUUAUUUAGUUAGUGAUGCCAAAACUGUAAUGGCCUAUCUUAAUAAUUGCAGGGGUCAAACUAGUUGGUCCUCUUGCGGCUUUUUAGAGGAUUGUUUAUUUUUAUUAAAAGAUGUUAACAUCAUUCAGUUUAAACAUAUAAAAAGAGAUCGGAAUAGAGCAGCAGACACUGCUGCCAAAUAUAGUAGAGUUGGGAAUGUAACAAGGGAGUGGGAUGAUCUCAACUGUCCCUUCUUCCUUCAAAACUAUGUAAACUCUCAGUAA